AUGACACACUACGGAACCGGAGUAAUUAUUACACUGCUGGCAUUGGGCCUUAGCCAAGCUAAUGGAAACAUAUUCGAGCGCACAUUCAAGAAACUUCACGAGGAACCUUAUUCUUCGACAAACCAAAAUAGAGCGGACGAGGUACAAACAUUGUGGAUCGAACAGAAGCUGGACCACUUUAAUGACUCUGAGACUCGAACUUGGCAAAUGCGAUAUAUGUUAAACGAUGUGUUUUUCCAAGCUGGUGGUCCCAUGUUUAUAUACCUGGGUGGAGAGUGGGCAAUUAGCAAGGGUSGCAUUUCAGAAGGUCACAUGUACGACAUGGCCAAGGAGCACAAUGGACUUYUAGCCUAUACUGAACAUCGAUAUUACGGAGAAAGCCAUCCAUUGCCAGAUUUGUCCAAUGAGAACCUUCGAUUCCUGCAUGUGAAACAAGCUUUGGCUGAUUUGGCGCAUUUUAUAACUACGCAGAAAGCUUCGUAUGAGGGCUUGAGUGAUUCCAAAGUUAUAAUUGUGGGUGGCUCCUACUCUGCUACGAUGGUUACUUGGUUCAAGAGAACUUAUCCCGAUUUGGUUGCUGGCGGCUGGGCAUCCAGUGCCCCUCUCUUUGCCAAAGUCGACUUUGUUGAGUACAAAGAAAUCGUUGGAGAGUCAAUAGCUUUAAUGGGUGGAUCUGACUGUUACAACCGUAUUCAGAAUGGUAUUGCGGAGAUGGAAGCAAUGUUUGCCAAUAAACGUGGCAGUGAGGUAAAGGCUCUAUUAAAGCUCUGCGAACCGUUCGAUGUGUACAGAGAUUUGGACGUUUGGAAUCUUUUCAGUGAAAUAUCUGAUAUAUUUUCCGGCGUGGUACAGAAACAUAACGCGGGACGAAUCGAGGGAGCUUGCCGAAAGAUUAUGGCCGAAGGUUCCGAUCUUGUUGGACUUAGCAAAUUUUUAUUGAGUGAAUUUGAAGACAAUCAUAUUAAAUGCAAUAACAUCAGCUACAAUUUCACAAUUGACACUCUCUCAGACACAAGAUAUUCAGGUUCAAUUAUGCGUCAAUGGAUAUACCAGACAUGUAACGAGUACGGCUGGUAUCAAACCUCAGGUUCCGCCUCUCAACCAUUUGGUACCAAAUUUCCGGUAACUUUUUACACGACCAUGUGCGCUGAUCUCUAUGGCCCCCAGUUCAGUAAAUCCUUUAUCGAAGACCGUGCGGCUGAGACAAACGAAUACUUUGGGGGUCUUACACCGAAAGUGGAGAAUGUGUACUUCAGCUAUGGAGAUUUGGAUCCCUGGCGUGCAAUGGGCAUACAGGACAAGAAGCAGGCUACCACUAUACCAAAGUAUGCGCAUUGCAAGGACUUCAAUUCGAUCAAUCCAACUGAUACCGCCGAAAUGAGAGCCUCAAAAGAACGAGUUGCCGAACUGGUCCGUGAAUGGAUAAAAUAGAAUUUGCUUUUUGUCUUUAUAACCUUAAAUGGUCUCCUAAUAUAUAAAUAUUAGCAAAAUAUGAAAUGAAUUUCUUUUGUUUAAACAAUUGCUAUGUAUUUAAGCAAUAUAAGCAAAAAUAUAAAUUCAAUUUUUAAAACAUCAA